AUGCAAGCACUACAUGUGGAGGCUCGGUUGCUCUGUGAAAGGGUGACGGUAAUUACACUGACGGUAAUCAAUGACGAAGAUGAGGUAGCGCUACAGAUGAUGACGAUGACCAUGACAAUGAGGCGAUACAAAUGUGAGCAUAAGAAUGAGGACGAAGAAUACAACGAAGACACUGUGAAGAUCGAGGAUGUGGAGAACUAUGAGGAAGUUCUGCAGGAGGUUGAGCAACAGCUGCGUGAUCUGUGCGAUCCGCACAAGGUCGCUGCGCAGGUUGGGCGCAUGUCCGCCGAGUACUCAUCCCCCUUUGAGUCGCCGGAGAAGGCAGCAAAGAGAAAAAAAGAGGAGUACAACCUGCAGCUGGUUGAGUACGAGAUUACCGAAGGAAAAGGCGGCGUGAAAUCGGGUGGAAAGAAGGUCAAGAAGUCGUCUUACCGUGUUAUCAAGGACGACUAUCCAUUGAUCUACCACUUGGACGUCGGUGCUAUGUAUCCGAACAUCAUCCUCUCGAAUCGGCUGCAACCAAUGGCAAUCGUCACCAAGGAGUUCUGCAACUCCUGCACCUACAAUGCUUCUUCCAACAAUUGUCAGCGGUCGAUGGACUGGAAGUGGCGUGGUGACCUCUACAUGGCCACGAGGGCCGAUGUGCGCUCGAUCGUCAACGAGAUGGAGAGCGACAAACGCCGGUACAACCAUCAGGACAAGGAAACCGGCGAGACGCAUCGAGUAAAGUGGAGCGAGCUAAAAGAGGGGGAACAGGUCGCUGAGAUCACGAAGGCCGUGCGGCAAUUCUCGCAACGCGCCUACAAGCGCCUCAAAAGCUCUGUGUACGAGGAUAGAAAUGACAUCGUGUGCCAACGCGAGAAUCCUUUCUACGUGAACACAGUCCUCAACUUCCGUGAUCGCCGCUACAUGUUCAAGCGCAAAACCAAAGAAUGGAACAAGAAGCUCGAGAAGGCUGAAGAGAGCCGGGGUCCCCAAUGGCACUUGAGGGGAAGGAUUUUGUCAUGGACUGCCAGCGGCCUUGAGGGUGUUAGGGUGGUUGAGCUCCAGCUCUAA